AGUCGCAUGCAGGAUGUGCGGAUAUGGUGGUCUCAUAUCGACGGUGCAGUGGGAAAACACCGGAGCUAUUACGCGAAUACGCGUCAUCGUCAUCACUGCCAGAGCAGUUAGGGUUUUCGGAUCAAUAUAAAUUCUGCUAUCAGGCAGCGUUGGAAUACCUAGGCUCAUUUGAUCAUUACUCUAAUGGACUCCUGUAGACUAAUUCUGUGUACAUAUAAUAAAUAAAUAUACGCAUAGGUUUUCUAAGUUAGGAUUGCUCUAUUCAUGUAUAAUACUUAUUUGGCCUGUAAUUAUGAAUACGAUUACUGCAGACCAUACUGAAGCUUAUCGAAGUAAAAUAAAUGAAGCAGGCGAGUGUAAUCUUCUCUGUUUAAGUGGAUCUCUUGUCGUAAAGUGAAGUUGUAAAUUUUCUACUGCAACGUUGUAGGCAAAAGCACUAAUUGUUUUUUAUUAUUUUCAAUGUACUAGUCAACUAUGUAUUAUUUAUUUACCUCACACAUUAAUGUGUUAAACUAAUUUAGAUUGAUCUCCAUAUUAAAAUACAACGGAAGACUGUUAUUUUAGAAAAUUGUCAAUGUAGUAAAACCUUCCAGUGGGUUUUUUUAGAAAAGGAAGUAAAUACUAAAUCCAUCUGAAGGAUA